GGACUCGGUCUCCCUAUCGGUCCAACCCCACCGGCCCGGCGGCCACCCCAGUCCGUCCGUCUCGCCAUCGAAUCCACCUUCUUUCCCCUUCUUCUCUGCCCCCACCCCUACACGCGUUCCCCAAAUUCUCCCACCAAGAAAAUCCCCAAAUCAACCGCGGCGGCUUCGAACUCGAUCCCCUUCCCGAAGCGCGUUCCCCAAAUCGGCGGAGCAGGGAAGGCAGCCACCAAGCCAUGUGGGCUGCGUCGUGCCUGGCGUCGUGCUGCGCGGCGUGCGCGUGCGAGGCGUGCCGAACGGCGGUGGGCAGCAUCGGCCGCCGCUCCGCCCGCAUCGCCUACUGCGGCCUCUUCGCGCUCUCCCUCUUCGCAUCAUGGGCGCUCCGCGAGGUCGCCGCGCCCCUCCUCCAGUCCAUCCCAUGGAUUAACCACUUCCACAAGACACCGGACCGCGAGUGGUUCGAGACCGACGCGGUGCUCAGGGUCAGCCUCGGCAACUUCCUCUUCUUCACCAUCCUCGCCGUCAUCAUGGCCGGUAUAAAGGACCAGAAGGACCCCCGCGACAAGAUCCACCACGGAGGCUGGAUGGCCAAGAUCUUCUCCUGGGUCAUCAUCGUCUUCCUCAUGUUCUUCGUGCCCAACGGCGUCGUCAGCUUCUACGAAUCAAUAUCCAAGUUUGGAUCUGGGCUGUUCCUUCUCGUUCAGGUUGUUCUUCUGUUGGACUUUGUGCACGGAUGGAAUGAAAACUGGGUCGCCAAGGAUGAGAAGUUCUGGUACAUGGCUUUGUUGGUUGUCUCAGUUGUCUGUUACGUUGCCACAUUCUCUUUCACGGGUCUUCUAUUUCACUGGUUCACUCCAUCCGGACAUGACUGUGGACUCAACUUGUUUUUCAUUGUCUUCACAUUGAUUCUUGUUUUUGUAUUUGCUAUCGUUGCCCUCCACCCAAAGAUCAAUGGUAGCUUGUUGCCUGCGUCAGUUAUUGCUCUCUACUGCACCUAUCUGUGCUACAGUGGACUUUCUAGUGAGCCGAGGGAUUACGAAUGCAAUGGGCUUCACAACCACUCGAAAGCUGUGUCAACUGGUAGCCUUACGUUGGGACUGCUAACAACAGUCCUUUCUGUGGUCUAUUCUGCUGUCCGUGCUGGCUCUUCGGCAACUGUGCUCUCACCGCCAGACUCACCACGUGCUGGCGCCGACAAGCCAUUGCUCCCCUUCAGCAAGGCAGAUGAAAAAGAAGAUAAGAUGAAUGUGCCAAAGCCAGUGACAUACUCCUACUCUUUCUUUCACCUCAUCUUUUCCCUGGCCAGUAUGUACUCGGGAAUGCUCUUGACUGGCUGGUCGACCUCCGUUGGUGAGGGUGGAAAUUUGGUUGAUGUUGGGUGGCCAUCAGUCUGGGUCAGGAUUGCAACCCAGUGGGCAACGGCAGGUCUGUUCAUAUGGUCCCUUGUUGCUCCCAUUCUCUUUCCCGAGAGGGAAUUCUAGAUCAACCACGAUAGUCUCAUAUGAAUGCGUCCUUUUGGAGCAUCAACCGUGUCUUCUGUGGUAGCCAACCUAUCCUAUCAAAUAUCUAGUCUGUAAUACAUGCUGAGAGCAACUGAUGGCAUGAAGUCGGUGUUUGUCGAUGGUUAUCAAGUCUGUCUGCUUAAUAACGUGUGACAUCAGGCAUUGUGCCAGUAUUUGAACAGUGAAUACGUGCUGCCUGUAUUUGUAUAUAUGUUGGAAUUGGUUUACCUCUGUUGGUGCUGGAUGCAUUUUAUAUUGUACGAAUGCCACCAUGUGGGGAUUUUAUAAAGAGUUGAGUUGCAUGUCA